CAGCAUCCCCUUAACGCAGUACGGGCAGUACCGCCGAUAAAAAUAACGCAGUGACAUUUUCUGUCGUACCAUGCUACGGUGUUUUAUUUUCGAUUGCGAUAUUUCGAGAGGGAGGAUAACUUGAGGGCUUGAGGCAUUCUAUAUAUGUUCUCUCUCGCGUGGAGGUUAAGGUUGGUUUUAAGGAGGUUUAUAAUACAUAGCGAGAGAAAUAUACAUAUAUGCGUAUGUGAUUUGUGCAUAUUGUAGCAUUGUUGAAUUAAUAUUUUGUUCAUUAAGAAUAGAAUUGCACAUGUAAAUUUGAUGGCUUUUUCACAAUCAAACUCGAGAGAACUACAAAAUAGAAAGAUCUUGGAGGAGCUGCAGUUGAAAAAACAGAUGCUAUUAAAGCAAGGAGUUGCACCGACGUUAAAUUCAUCAUUAGGUGUUUCCUCAACGGGCUCCGCAUCGAAUGUGUCCACGACGCAAUCCAACGAUGGUAUAGCAAUGAGCUCGUCUCAAAGAUCAGCUUUACAUAGCGCACAUGCAACUUCGUCUGGCUACUUUGUGACUCAGGAUUCCUCUUUUGGCAAUCUGAUAUUACCCGUUCUCCCCAGAUUUGACAGCAAAUGAAUAAUGGCUAGUCUUAGACUUCGACAGUUGGAGGAAUAUUUGCAGCAGCUAGAUGUGUUUGAGAGGCCAAAAAUCUUACUCGAGCAAUACGCCACCAGUGCGCACAUCGCCUCACACAUGUUGUAUACCGCACAAUCACAGUUCAAUGAUAUAGAAAGUAAAAGCGUGGCGGAUCUAGGCUCCGGAUGCGGUGUAUUGUCAUUGGGUGCCAAAAUGUUGGGUGCUGAGUACGUAGCUGCGUUCGAGAUAGAUUCGGAUGCGAUUGACAUACAGUACAGAAAUUGUACCGAUAUAGAAUUAUUUGUGGAAAUAAUACAGUGUGACAUAUUACAUAAUUUGCCAGGAAAAUUUGAGAAACGCUUUGAUACUGUCGUGAUGAAUCCACCCUUCGGCACUAAGAAGAAUGCGGGCAUGGAUAUGAAGUUUCUGGAAACGGCGAUCAAACUUUCGUCCAACGCAGUUUACUCCCUCCACAAGAGCAGCACCCGUGAUUACGUGCUCUCAAGAGCGUCACAGCUCGGCGCGAGGGGAACAGUGAUAGCCGAACUCAGAUACGACCUACCGAGAGUUUACAAAUUCCACAAGAAAGCAUCCGUCGACAUCGAGGUGGAUUUUAUACGAUUCGAGUUGAAUUGAUGCGCCCGUUCAAUUCUACUCGAACUUGAUGCCUUGGGCCAGAGGUAGCUCGUUUCCAUGAUUGAUCGUGAUCGUCGAACGCCGCAUGUAAUGUUUCCACGCGUCGCUUCCGCUCUCCCGGCCCCCGCCCGUAGCCUUCUCGCCACCGAACGCACCACCUAUCUCGGCGCCGCUGGUACCGAUGUUGACGUUGAUUAUUCCACAAUCUGAUCCGCGGGGGCCGAUCCACUGCGCAAUGAAUGAACAGGACUCGAUAAGUGAAACUAUUACGUAUUCGAACAUUUGUGAGAUAAAUUCUUAUUGCUAGUUGUACAUAUAUUUACCUGAAAUACAUUUCCGAUACUUUUA